CGGUGAUGAUGCUCCACCUCUCACGCGUCCCGCAGUAACGCGAAUAUUACUCGUCGGGUACUCGUCGGGCGCUGGUCAUCGCCCUGUCAUCGCCCACUUUCACCUCCCUUCCUCUCGUUCUCCCCUUCCGAGCCACCCCGACAGCUGCUCCUCCCCGGCCUGUCACUUCGCCGCGCCCAGAGCGUGCCUCUGUCUGCCGGUGUUAGCUCGGUGUUCCCUGUCUCAAGUCGCGGGAAGACAGAAGUUGGUCAUUCCAUUCAAGGCCCCGCAAAGCCGCCGGUCGCUUUUAUAGUAUACACUGCUUUCACUUUCUGUCCUCGCCGCCCACCCGCCCUCGUCCCCGUCGCUCGUUCAGAUCCCAGCAAGCAUGGUCCGAACCGCCCUCGCAUACGGCGCGGCAGCCGCACUGCUCCCAGCGCUCAUCCACGCGCAGUACACCCAGGUGAAGGAGUACGCCGGCGACUCCUUCUUCGACGACUGGAAUUUCUACAACCACGCGGACGACCUGACGAACGGGAACGUCUUCUUCGUGUCCUCCACUAACGCCGGCAAGGACCAGCUCGCGUACGUCAACGACGCCGGGAACGCGAUCAUGAAGGUCGACAACACGUCCUCCGUCUCCGUCGGCCAGAACCGCAACUCCGUGCGCAUCGAGACCCAGGACCACUUCACCGUCGGCAGCCUCUGGGUCACGGACAUGCUCCACGUCCCCUUCGGCUGCUCUGUCUGGCCCGCGUUCUGGUCGUCCGCGCAGGACUGGCCGAGCGGCGGCGAGAUCGACACGUUCGAGGGCGUGAACCAGGUGACGAUGAACCAGAUGGCGCUGCACACGGCCGACGGGUGCACCCAUUCCUCGAACGCGCUCCAGACGAGCAAGCUCAUCAACUCGACGGACUGCUCCACGGCCGCGAACAACAACGAGGGCUGCGUCGUCACGACGCCGACGCCGAGCUCGUACGGCGCGGCGUUCGCGGCGGACGGCGGCGGCGUGUUCGUCACCGAGUUCGCGAACGAGGGCGUUCGUGAGAUAUGGUUCUUCAACCGCUCGUCGGUGCCGAGCGCGCUGCAGAGCAACGCGUCCACCAUCUCCCUCUCGGACCUCGGCACCCCACGCGAACUACACCUCGCAGACCUGCGCGGUCAGCCAUUCUUCCAGCCGCAGUCGCUCAUCUUCGACAUCACGCUCUGCGGAGCGCGCAGACUUCGCAGGCAACCAGCAGGUUUCGCGGAGACGUGCUCGGGCGUGUGCUACGACGACUUCGUGACGGGCCCGCCGUCCACGUACGACAACGCGUACUUCGAGGUGAAGUACGUCCGCGUGUACGGCGUCGCCGGCGAGGACACCGUCAUCAGCGCCGCGCGCCCGCGCGUCGCCGUCCUCGCGGGGACCGUCGUGCUCGCGGCGCUCGGCGUCGCUCUCAGUACUCUGCUCGUGCUCUGA